AUGCAAUACGAUUUUAGAAAAGACUUACCUUAUGAAUUUAUUGAACACAUUUUACAAUCUAAGAUUAAGUACGUAAAAAAUAUUACCGAAGAAAGUGUCUUGCUUAAUCUUCCUAAUCUUGAUUUAGUUUACGGUAGUAAAAUCGUUUAUUGUAAAACAAAAUGUAGUAAGUUACAGUUAGUUGAUUUUAUAAAAACUAUUGGAGAUUUUGAAGACAUAUACUAUGACGGUUUUUAUAGUAUAACCUUUAAAACAAUUUUAGACGCAGAUAUAUGUACAGUAUUAUCCAAUGUUAAUUUCAAAUUUACAAAAAAAAUUAUAUUUACUCCUUUGAGUAAAUUAAAAGAAAUUUGCUUAAAAAGAAAUAUUUCUGUAUUUGGAAUACACAAUACAAAUAUUCCAAUUGACUAUUAUAAAAUAGUAAUUGGUCCUUUUGAAUAUCUUUCUGAAGAUAAUAGUAAACAAAAUAAGAUAACAUUUAUAAAUACUUUAAAAAUGGCUUUAAAUGACAUCUCUCCACUUUUUGGAAUGUGCCAAUGUGCUAAUGCAAAAUAUUUUACUUUAUUGUUUAAAAAUCAAACAAUAGCUAAAGAAAUAGUUGAUGUUUUGUCACAGAUACAAAUAUUAAAUAAUAAAAACUUUAAGAUAAAAUUUGCUUAUGAGAAUUGUCUAAUAACAAAUAUACCGCAAAUUUUUAAUAUACCUUUUGUAAGUUCUUUUAUUCCUACACGUGUCGUUUUUUUACUUUGUGAUGAUGUACCAUAUGAUUUUAUUAUUUCUAGAUUUCCAAAUUAUUUAUUAGAAAUAAAAACUGCUAGUUGUAAAAUUUUUAUCAAAUGUAAAAAUUUAAAAGAGGGUGUAGAUGUUUAUCAAUCUCUUGGUGGACUAGCAUUUGAACAAAAAACUAUAAUAGCGGGAUACUAUCCAGAAUUUAAUUAUGACGUUGGUGAUUUUUAA